GGGGAGUGCAUGGACACAGAGAAAAACUUCACCUCUCUCGGCCAAGAAAUGGAUGACGUGCUCCCUGGGGUCUAUAAUAUUUCCCCAAACGUGUCCACCAACACCUCGGAAUCCAACCAGUUUGUGCAGCCCACCUGGCAAAUUGUGCUCUGGGCUGCUGCCUACACGAUCAUCGUGGUGACCUCGGUGGUGGGCAACGUGGUGGUGAUGUGGAUCAUCUUGGCCCACAAGAGGAUGAGGACGGUGACCAACUAUUUCCUGGUGAACCUGGCCUUCGCCGAGGCGUCCAUGGCAGCGUUCAACACGGUCGUGAACUUCACCUAUGCGGUGCACAACGAGUGGUACUAUGGCCUGUUCUACUGCAAGUUCCACAACUUCUUUCCCAUCGCGGCCGUUUUCGCCAGCAUCUAUUCCAUGACUGCUGUUGCCUUUGAUAGGUACAUGGCCAUCAUUCAUCCCCUCCAGCCCCGGCUGUCAGCCACAUCCACCAAGGUGGUUAUCUGUGUCAUCUGGGUCUUGGCUCUCCUGUUGGCCUUCCCACAGGGAUACUACUCGACCACGGAUACUCUGCCCGAGAGAGUGGUGUGCUUGAUUCUGUGGCCAGAACAUCCCAACAAGAUUUAUGAGAAAAUGUACCACAUCUGUGUUCCUGUGUUGGUCUAUUUCCUCCCUCUGCUGGUCAUCGGCUAUGCAUACAUUGUUGUAGGAAUCACCCUGUGGGCCAGCGAGAUCCCUGGGGACUCUUCUGACCGAUACCACCAGCAAGUCUCUGCCAAGCGCAAGGUAGUCAAGAUGAUGAUUGUUGUGGUUUGCACUUUUGCCAUCUGCUGGCUGCCCUUUCACAUCUUCUUCAUCCUGCCCUACAUCAAUCCAGACCUCUACUCUAAGAAGUUUAUUCAGCAGAUUUAUUUGGCUAUCAUGUGGCUGGCCAUGAGCUCCACUAUGUACAACCCCAUCAUCUACUGCUGUCUGAAUGACAGGUUCCGGGUUGGAUUCAAGCACGCCUUCCGGUGCUGCCCCUUCAUCAGUGCCAGCAACUAUGAGGGUCUGGAAAUGAAAUCAACCAGGUACCUCCAGACCCAGGGAAGUGUGUAUAAGGUCAGCCGCCUGGAGACCACCGUCUCCACUGUGGUAGGGGCCCAGGAGGAGGAGCUGGAGGAUGGCCCCAAGGCCACACCCUCAACCCUGGACCUCACCUCCAAUGGAUCCUCUCGCAGCGACUCCAAAACCAUGACGGAGAGCUUGAGUUUCUACUCCAACAUGCUCUCCUAGACCACAGAGCUGUCCUUAGGAGCCGCCGCCAGUCCUUGUCUUGCCUCAUUUCAUGCAUGGAUAAUUCCCAUCCUCUGGAAACCACCAAAAACACCUUCACAGCAGGGCUUGUGAAAAGCGCCAGAAUAGUGUAGGGAAAACCUUGAAUCCAGAGUCAGUCAGAACAAAAAUCCCGGACACUUGGAUGUCCUUGCCACUCCCAACCUGUGUGACUCAAGGCAAAUCAGGAAACUUCUCUGAGCCUCUGAAAUGAGAAGGUUGAAGUCGAGUUUUUCUGCAAUGUAUUCUGUGGUUCGAGAAUUAAGUUGGAAUGCAGGUACUCACUUCAAAAUUAAAACCUGCAAUGCGGCAACAGCUCCAAUUGAUCUGUUCGGAAGCCUGUCUUUAAGUAAACUCGUUCAUGGCCCUGCUCAGAUUAUCCUUUAGCUGCUGGUCCAUGUGACAUCACUUUACUUCAGGGCAGAACAGCUGAAAGAACCACUUGAAAUCAGAAUGAAGAUUUGACUCAGUUUUUGAGGCAUACAGGGAAAGAAAAUGUAAUUCUGCAUCCUUAGGCAUUGCAGUAUUUCAGUGUGUUCAGUCAUUGACACUGACUUAGUCAGCAACAGUCUUGUGUUCAUUUGUGUUAAUCCUGGUGGCUAUUUUAAG